AUGUCUCGCCGAUACACCAAGGUAUGGGAUGCCCAAGCAUGUUUUGUUAGCAGACCGAAACGGGACGGCCGGGGUGUCAGAGGUGCAACGGACGAUGGGGACAGUGUUGACACAAAAACCGACGGUGGGAUUCCAACGAGUUGUGUCCUAGGACUUUCUGGAUCACCAAGAAGGGAAGGACAUGGUAGAGCGGACCAAGAAAGCCACCCUGGGUGGCCAGAUAAUUCAGACAAGGCCGAAAAAGAGGCGAGUUUGGCGACAGAGUUGCCUGGUGUGCACGGCCUGAACGACACGGUGAAAUCCCACGCUACCAUACGGCGCUUUGCCACACCGUGGACACUUGCGUCACCCCUCCCACUUGGGUAUCGCACCCCCAGCAGGAAAUCCCUCUGCUGCAUCGUUUAUGUUUGCCAAGACAAGGCCGAAAAAGAGGCGAGUUUGGCGACAGAGUUGCCUGGUGUGCACGGCCUGAACGACACGGUGAAAUCCCACGCUACCAUACGGCGCUUUGCCACACCGUGGACACUUGCGUCACCCCUCCCACUUGGGUAUCGCACCCCCAGCAGGAAAUCCCUCUGCUGCAUCGUUUAUGUUUGCCAAGACAAGGCCGAAAAAGAGGCGAGUUUGGCGACAGAGUUGCCUGGUGUGCACGGCCUGAACGACACGGUGAAAUCCCACGCUACCAUACGGCGCUUUGCCACACCGUGGACACUUGCGUCACCCCUCCCACUUGGGUAUCGCACCCCCAGCAGGAAAUCCCUCUGCUGCAUCGUUUAUGUUUGCCAAGAUCUGCUCACCGCUCGACCGGAAAGGAGGAAGCUCGAGCCAUGUGGCAACACACAGGCUCGACUGUAUGCCACGGGCCAAUGCUCUCACAGCCUCCUCAAACUGCACGAGGUCCAUCCACUCAUCCAAACAGAUCAUCGCUGUGCAAGGGCCGUUCACUUGUCCAAGCAAAUGAUGACCUACACAAUAUGUCUCGCCGAUACACCAAGGUAUGGGAUGCCCAAGCAUGUUUUACAAGGCCGAAAAAGAGGCGAGUUUGGCGACAGAGUUGCCUGGUGUGCACGGCCUGAACGACACGGUGAAAUCCCACGCUACCAUACGGCGCUUUGCCACACCGUGGACACUUGCGUCACCCCUCCCACUUGGGUAUCGCACCCCCAGCAGGAAAUCCCUCUGCUGCAUCGUUUAUGUUUGCCAAGAUCAUCGCUGUGCAAGGGCCGUUCACUUGUCCAAGCAAAUGAUGACCUACACAAUAUGUCUCGCCGAUACACCAAGGUAUGGGAUGCCCAAGCAUGUUUUGUUAGCAGACCGAAACGGGACGGCCGGGGUGUCAGAGGUGCAACGGACGAUGGGGACAGUGUUGACACAAAAACCGACGGUGGGAUUCCAACGAGUUGUGUCCUAGGACUUUCUGGAUCACCAAGAAGGGAAGGACAUGAAGAGCGGACCAAGAAAGCCACCCUGGGUGGCCAGAUAAUUCAGACAAAGCCGAAAAAGAGGCGAGUUUGGCGACAGAGUUGUCCUGGUGUGCACGGCCUGAACGACACGGUGAAAUCCCACGCUACCAUACGGCGCUUUGCCACACCGUGGACACUUGCGUCACCCCUCCCACUUGGGUAUCGCACCCCCAGCAGGAAAUCCCUCUGCUGCAUCGUUUAUGUUUGCCAAGAUCUGCUCACCGCUCGACCGGAAAGGAGGAAGCUCGAGCCAUGUGGCAACACACAGGCUCGACUGUAUGCCACGGGCCAAUGCUCUCACAGCCUCCUCAAACUGCACGAGGUCCAUCCACUCAUCCAAACAGAUCAUCGCUGUGCAAGGGCCGUUCACUUGUCCAAGCAAAUGAUGACCUACACAAUAUGUCUCGCCGAUACACCAAGGUAUGGGAUGCCCAAGCAUGUUUUACAAAGCCGAAAAAGAGGCGAGUUUGGCGACAGAGUUGCCUGGUGUGCACGGCCUGAACGACACGGUGAAAUCCCACGCUACCAUACGGCGCUUUGCCACACCGUGGACACUUGCGUCACCCCUCCCACUUGGGUAUCGCACCCCCAGCAGGAAAUCCCUCUGCUGCAUCGUUUAUGUUUGCCAAGAUCAUCGCUGUGCAAGGGCCGUUCACUUGUCCAAGCAAAUGAUGACCUACACAAUAUGUCUCGCCGAUACACCAAGGUAUGGGAUGCCCAAGCAUGUUUUGUUAGCAGACCGAAACGGGACGGCCGGGGUGUCAGAGGUGCAACGGACGAUGGGGACAGUGUUGACACAAAAACCGACGGUGGGAUUCCAACGAGUUGUGUCCUAGGACUUUCUGGAUCACCAAGAAGGGAAGGACAUGACAAGGCCGAAAAAGAGGCGAGUUUGGCGACAGAGUUGCCUGGUGUGCACGGCCUGAACGACACGGUGAAAAUGCCCAGCGUGAAGAGCGGACCAAGUUCUCAGGAACAGAAAAUUGCCGCACGAGGGUUGUUUUCACUCACCAGAAGAACGAAUGACUGUGACGAUGGACGGGGAUUCUGGCCUAUUCCCACGCUACCAUACGGCGCUUUGCCACACCGUGGACACUUGCGUCACCCCUCCCACUUGGGUAUCGCACCCCCAGCAGGAAAUCCCUCUGCUGCAUCGUUUAUGUUUGCCAAGCCUCCUCAAACUGCACGAGGUCCAUCCACUCAUCCAAACAGAUCAUCGCUGUGCAAGGGCCGUUCACUUGUCCAAGCAAAUGAUGACCUACACAAUAUGUCUCGCCGAUACACCAAGGUAUGGGAUGCCCAAGCAUGUUUUGUUAGCAGACCGAAACGGGACGGCCGGGGUGUCAGAGGUGCAACGGACGAUGGGGACAGUGUUGACACAAAAACCGACGGUGGGAUUCCAACGAGUUGUGUCCUAGGACUUUCUGGAUCACCAAGAAGGGAAGGACAUGAUAAUUCGGACAAGGCCGAAAAAGAGGCGAGUUUGGCGACAGAGUUGCCUGGUGUGCACGGCCUGAACGACACGGUGAAAUCCCACGCUACCAUACGGCGCUUUGCCACACCGUGGACACUUGCGUCACCCCUCCCACUUGGGUAUCGCACCCCCAGCAGGAAAUCCCUCUGCUGCAUCGUUUAUGUUUGCCAAGAUAAUUCGGACAAGGCCGAAAAAGAGGCGAGUUUGGCGACAGAGUUGCCUGGUGUGCACGGCCUGAACGACACGGUGAAAAUGCCCAGCGUGAAGAGCGGACCAAGUUCUCAGGAACAGAAAAUUGCCGCACGAGGGUUGUUUUCACUCACCAGAAGAACGAAUGACUGUGACGAUGGACGGGGAUUCUGGCCUAUUCCCACGCUACCAUACGGCGCUUUGCCACACCGUGGACACUUGCGUCACCCCUCCCACUUGGGUAUCGCACCCCCAGCAGGAAAUCCCUCUGCUGCAUCGUUUAUGUUUGCCAAGCCUCCUCAAACUGCACGAGGUCCAUCCACUCAUCCAAACAGAUCAUCGCUGUGCAAGGGCCGUUCACUUGUCCAAGCAAAUGAUGACCUACACAAUAUGUCUCGCCGAUACACCAAGGUAUGGGAUGCCCAAGCAUGUUUUGUUAGCAGACCGAAACGGGACGGCCGGGGUGUCAGAGGUGCAACGGACGAUGGGGACAGUGUUGACACAAAAACCGACGGUGGGAUUCCAACGAGUUGUGUCCUAGGACUUUCUGGAUCACCAAGAAGGGAAGGACAUGAUAAUUCGGACAAGGCCGAAAAAGAGGCGAGUUUGGCGACAGAGUUGCCUGGUGUGCACGGCCUGAACGACACGGUGAAAAUGCCCAGCGUGAAGAGCGGACCAAGUUCUCAGGAACAGAAAAUUGCCGCACGAGGGUUGUUUUCACUCACCAGAAGAACGAAUGACUGUGACGAUGGACGGGGAUUCUGGCCUAUUCCCACGCUACCAUACGGCGCUUUGCCACACCGUGGACACUUGCGUCACCCCUCCCACUUGGGUAUCGCACCCCCAGCAGGAAAUCCCUCUGCUGCAUCGUUUAUGUUUGCCAAGCCUCCUCAAACUGCACGAGGUCCAUCCACUCAUCCAAACAGAUCAUCGCUGUGCAAGGGCCGUUCACUUGUCCAAGCAAAUGAUGACCUACACAAUAUGUCUCGCCGAUACACCAAGGUAUGGGAUGCCCAAGCAUGUUUUGUUAGCAGACCGAAACGGGACGGCCGGGGUGUCAGAGGUGCAACGGACGAUGGGGACAGUGUUGACACAAAAACCGACGGUGGGAUUCCAACGAGUUGUGUCCUAGGACUUUCUGGAUCACCAAGAAGGGAAGGACAUGACAAAGCCGAAAAAGAGGCGAGUUUGGCGACAGAGUUGCCUGGUGUGCACGGCCUGAACGACACGGUGAAAAUGCCCAGCGUGAAGAGCGGACCAAGUUCUCAGGAACAGAAAAUUGCCGCACGAGGGUUGUUUUCACUCACCAGAAGAACGAAUGACUGUGACGAUGGACGGGGAUUCUGGCCUAUUCCCACGCUACCAUACGGCGCUUUGCCACACCGUGGACACUUGCGUCACCCCUCCCACUUGGGUAUCGCACCCCCAGCAGGAAAUCCCUCUGCUGCAUCGUUUAUGUUUGCCAAGCCUCCUCAAACUGCACGAGGUCCAUCCACUCAUCCAAACAGAUCAUCGCUGUGCAAGGGCCGUUCACUUGUCCAAGCAAAUGAUGACCUACACAAUAUGUCUCGCCGAUACACCAAGGUAUGGGAUGCCCAAGCAUGUUUUCACCCCAGAGCCCUAAUCAGUGUUCUGCAUCGUUCAUGUCUAUCAAGACGAGGAUCGAUCGAUGUCGGAGAGCUCUGCUGUGGGAAAUCCGCUUGGGACUCGAUUGGAAAGGAGACUCCAGGUGGCAACACGCCGGUUUAA